CGGAGCGCUCGAGUCGUACCUCCCUGCGCUCCCGUUGCCGCUUCAGGCUUCACCCACUGCUCACUCAGUGCCUGAGAAGUUGUGCACGCAUCUUCGUGCCAAUUCCCCACAAUGGGCAACUCCUGCUUUGGCCUCAAGGAAAAGCUGAUGCAGCGGCUGCGACCUCUGCCCACCCUGCUGAUCAUUCGCGCCGUUAUGCCCCAGAAGAAAAACAAAGAUUUCUGCGUGGUGAUCCUCGGCUCUGCGGGUGUGGGCAAGAGCGCACUGGUGAAGAGAUGGGUGCGCGGCAACUUUCGUGAAAAGUAUGUGCCAACUAUGGAAGAUACCUACCACCAGGUGCCAGGCAACAACCGUGGCAUGGGCACGCUGCAUAUUACCGACACGGCGGGCGGUCACCGCUACCCCGGCUUGCAGCGUCUCGCCAUUGCCAGGGGCCACGCCUUCGUCCUGGUCUACUCUGUCACCAAGAAGCAAACCCUGGAGGAGCUGAAGCCCUUCUAUGAGCUGAUCCGCGAGAUCAAAGGUAGAAACCUGCGUAAGUACCCUAUCGUGCUGGUGGGCAACAAAUGCGAUGACAGCCGCCGCCGGGAGCUGACCGCGAAGGAUGGCGCUGCCUACGCAUUGGAGUGGAAUUGCGCCUUCAUGGAGACCUCCGCCAAGACGGAUGUCAACGUGCAGGAGCUGUUUCACAUGCUGCUGAACCACGCGAAGAAGCCUGCCGCCAGCGUCCAGCCUACCCAGAAGAAAUCCCAGAUGCCCAAGAUCGCCGAGAAGCUGCUGGGCAAGUGCAUCAUCAUGUGAGCCCUGGAUCUUAGGAGCCCGACCUCCUCCGACAGCGUGUAGAGAACAUGGACCAAUGCCAGUGUAACGUGUCACCUGUAUAUGAUUGACUUUUGUGCUGUGGUUUGGGUUGUAACAGCUAGAUAUCAAAAAAUGUCCCUUGUAAGUUAAUACGUUUACUUUUUCCUAGGCAAGAGAAUUCAUAUUGUUACAAUAUUGAUGUUAGAGGAGGGGGAAAAAAGAGUAAGUCUUGAUAGACUUCAGAAAUUAAUGUUUGAAAAAGAAAAUGAAAUAGCAAACUGAGUUGAAAGAUGCCACUGCCCUUCUUAUAACUCUACUACCGUGUAUUAUUUUUAAACAUGUCAAGCCCUGUAAGUGUCCAACCAAACCUUUCCAUUAUGUACUCAAUUGUUAAAAAAUGUGUUUUUGCAAUAAAAGCUUUGCUAGAUGACUGUGAGAUAGAUAUACUAAACAAGAUAAAUAAUUGAAUAUUCUUUAGUUGAGCAUUGAGGGUGGGGGCAGAGAAAAUUAUGAAAGUGGAACUUGCUUCCUAAAGAUGUGCCAGUUUCCUAAGUCAUUUAAAAGUGUUUGGAUAUUCCCCGUAGCAGUUUUUAAAAAGUA